CACACACACACAGUUUUUAUUCAGCUCCUUUCGCUGAACUGUUUCAUUAAACGCACACACAUGCUCUGAAAGGUGUGUUUUUGUGUGAUUUUUCUUUGCUAUUAUGGUGGGUAAAUGAUUAAAUAUUUAAGAAGAAGCCAAGUAGGCGUGGGUAGAAGACGAAUUAAGUAUGCUGGGUUGCUAAACAUGCUUCUCUUUCUGUUUGUGUGGAUUGUGGUUGCUUUAGUGGUGUGGAUGUACAGCAGACUAGACGACAUGUCAACAUCAUCAACCCACCUCUCCACUGGCUCAGACACUCGACCAAAAGGCUGGUUCAAACCAAUGUUCAACCAAUCUGGGAAUAUUAUGCAAAAUGCAAUGAACACACGACAGACUUCUGGUUGCAAGCAAGUGUCCCCUAUUACUGCAAGUCUUGGUACACCUAUACCUCAGGCCAAUAUAAGUGGAAUGGAUACUGGGGAAAUUGUUGUUCUGGAUGCACUAGAGACCAACAGCCUUCAGCAUCAACAGCAGCAACAGCAGCAAGUUGAAAUAGUGAAAAAUGUGGCAUACUGUGAAGAUGUUGAAACAGCAUCAUCUAAUUGUCCUGCAGUGAAAGUGACGGAUUUAUGUCCUGCUCCAUCUCCUGCUAAGAGCCCUCGAUUAAAUAGUCCUUUCCAUUCAAUUCAUUCGCAAGUAGGCUUCUCAGCAAAUUCACCUAGCAACAGACAGCCUCUAUUCAAGAACAAAUGUGUGUCUUUAUGGCAAGCAAAUAAUAUGUCAAAGGCAUUUGGGAGUUUAGCAAGUGAUUUAGCUACUACCACUUGUCGAGUUGAUGGUGGUGGGCCUUUGAAUCAGGAUACUUAUUUCUUGAAGCACGAGGACAUGAAGUUUCCACCAUAUGUGAAAGGCAAUCAGAUAAAGGAUCCAGACUCUGUUGGCCAAGCAGAGAACUUGAUGGCUUUAACAAACAUUGGAGUUGGUGAAGUUCAGCACAUGACUGGUGGUGGAGGUGGCAGCACCCAAACAUCUCGUAGUAGUGUAUUAAGAAAUAAUUCUGUUGAACAGUUUAGUACCACUCCAAAAUCUUUACAACCAGAGAAAUCUCCUCAGUGUAAGACACCAACAAGAGAGCAAACAUGUGAAGCCAAUUUGCAGCAAACCACAUUCUCUUUCAAUAGGAAAUGGCCUCAGUCUCAUAUUAAUGUUACAAGAAGGAAAGCAUUGAACAAUAAGCUGGUUACAGACAACCCUAAACCUGAAACUCCAAAUUCCAUAUCUCAAAUUUCACAGGUGGAAGAAAAAUCAACUGUGCAAAAUUGUUCUAAUGUAAAAACAGUCAACUGCAUUUUGCCAAAUCAGGUAGAAGAAGUGUUUACAUCUAAAAUUGUUGCAAUGGAUGGAAGUCUAACGACUGCCAAGGAGAUGGCAAUGGUAGUUUGCAAGAGUUGUGGCAAUCGUGGUAGAUUACAUGAAAAAUGUGAUCGGUGUAAAAAACGAAUAACUGACACUCCUAAAGCUAUCAGUUUUUUACAGUCAAAAAAGAAAUUAAUUACAUGUUCUGUGAAGAAAUCUGAUCCCCCUUCAGCUAUAGAAAAAAAUGUAUUUUACCCUAAGAAGCUCACGGAACGUGUAUCUAGUUUCAAUGCUACUACUGAACCUCUAAAGACUACACUAGCAUCAUUGUCAAGUAAUAUAAAUUGCUCUCCCACAACUGUAAAACCAAUACAGUAUCCAAGGUCUCGACAGGCUGUGCGUGGACGGAAAUCUAUUACUAUUCACAAUAUGAAGCCACCAGUUCCAGAAACAGUUACUAUAUCAGAUGAUGAUGAACCAGCUGCUGCAGAAUCGUCAGAGAAUCAAUCCAAAGUAUUGGACCCUAAUUCCCGGAUCUCACUCAACAGUAAUGCUACAAAUUCUUCUUUGAAGUCUGAUAGUCCUGAAGAGAAUGAUCGCCCUGACUCGCCCAUUUUCCCUGCUAUUUCUACCAACCUGUCUAUGGUUAAUCGGUCUCGGUGCAAUAGGAUGGAAGAUGAGCUUGGUAAUGUGGUCAGUAGAGUAGGUGCACAGAAUAUGGAAGUGGAUGAAGCUGAUGAAAGCUCUCUUUAUGGAGAUCCCUUAGAGCCUGCCUUUAAUCCUGAUCAGCUGCACUUCCAGACACGUAAUUUACGGAUUGGGAAUGUGGAUAUCAGCUCUCCACGAGAAGUGCUGCUAAAUUCUGACUGCAUGUUAUUUAAAUUUACUAGAGAAGAUAAACCUAUUGAGUUUAAAGUUUUUCCUUUGGAAUUCAAGUCCUGUGAAUACAAUUUUGUUUAUCGGCGUCCUGUUGUUAUUUUACACUUAACCCAGAGCUGUGCUGUUCGAAUAGAAAGCGUACUUGGUUUAAAAUUUACUAAGUUUUGUUACGAUCCUAAUAGUUCUGAUGCUACUCAUCGUUACAUUGUCAUGCUUCUACAACCCAGCAGUAAGCUUAUGAUGUUGAAGAAGCCUCUAAUAGAGAUCUUUCAAAAAUUUCAAAAGAUUCAGUCACAAAAUAAAAAUAGUCAAGAACCAGAUAUCUUUAGAGCAAUAACAAUUGGAGAAGCGAAUCAGAAGUUGGUUGAGUGCUGUCCUGAUCUAUCUCAACUAUUACCAUUGUCUUCAGUAGAAACAGAGAAUCCAUACCCUCCUAGCUCAUUUGAAGCUGCUUUAUCAUUAUAUCCAGAUGCAUCUCCUCCAAUUAAUAUGGGUUUUUCAGGACCUGUAGAAAACUUGAUCACUUACCCUCCACCACCUGCAAAGGGAGGAAUCACCAUUACCAAUGAAGACUUCUUUUGUUUGAAUGAAGGAGAGUUUCUAAAUGAUGUCAUCAUUGAUUUCUUCCUCAAGUAUCUGGUAUUGGAGAAAUUAUCAGAGACUGAUCGAGAACGUACUCAUGUGUUCAGUUCAUUCUUUUACAAACGUCUCACACAACGAUUGAACAGGCAUUCCUACAGCUCUGAUCAGGACCCUUAUUGCUCGCCAAUGAUUAAAAGGCAUGCACAAGUAAAAACCUGGACACGACAUGUUGAUAUCUUCCAGAAGGACUUUAUUAUUGUACCAAUUAACGAGAACGCCCAUUGGUUCUUGGCCAUCAUUUGUUUCCCUGGAAUGGAGCAUCCUCAAGCCGUCCGCUAUUUAUUCCUUACCAGCCAGGACAGCAGCACUUUACAGAAACUUAAUGCUCAUGCAGAAGGCACAUCAGAUGAAACUAAUAAACUACCAAUUAAACUCUGUGAUAUACGCAAAGAGUCUUAUACAGAGUUGUAUGGAUUUAAACAGCCAUGUAUUUUGAUAUUUGAUUCUCUGGCUGGACCAUCUCGAACAAAUGUUGUCAAAACAUUGCGAGAGUAUUUGCAGGUUGAAUGGGACACAAGAAAGAAGACCCCUAAACGAACGUUUGACAAAGAUUUCAUCAAAGGAGGUGUUCCAAAAGUACCUCAACAGAACAACUACAGUGAUUGUGGGGUUUAUGUGCUGCAAUAUGUAGAAAGUUUUUUUAAGAAUCCUAUAAAAGACUUCACCAUUCCUAUUCGAAUACAUAACUGGUUCUCUGAAGAACAAGUUAAUUCAAAGCGCCAAGAGAUCCAAGAACUUAUUUGGAACUUGAAGAAAGAUGUGGAUGAAAAAAGUUCUUCUACCAAUAAAAGCUGACGCUGAUUUCUGUUGGGUACUGAUCCAUCAUAAACGAAUCAACUUCCAGCAGGGUGACUUGUGUUCCCUGCUGCCCAAUGGCUCUUGCUGGAGUUGGGAUGGGGGGGAGAGAGAAAGAAAGAGAGAGCAGCACCGCUACGGCGGCCAAUGGGUCAGAGCACUGAUUUAUGAAAAUAAACCUGGUAUCCAGGUCAAUCCAACAAGACUGCUGAAAGGAAAUGUCUUUUAAGAGAUAUUGAAAGAUUAUGCAGUUACUUUCUUGAUUCACUGGAAUUUCUCAUCUCCACUACCAACUACUUCUCUUCCUCUUCACAUAGCAACUUACUUGCUACUCUUUUUCUUUUCUUGUUUGCUUCUUACAUUGAUUUCUUUCUAACUAGUAAUAUAUAUAUAUAUAUAUAUAUAUAUAUAUAUAUGUAUGUAUAUAUAUAUGUAUAUAUACACAUACACACACACACACACAUAUAUACAGGUGUAUAUACACACACACAUAGAGAUCUAUUAUAUACAAAUACAUACAUAUGUUUUUCCUCUCAAUAGCUGCUGCUCUUCCAGCCACUAAUGUUUUAUCUCUGGUUGUGGAAACUAUUAUGAUUAUUUAUUAUUUUUGUAAUAAAAUACUCUCAUUAGAAGUAUGGAAGAUACAAUUGGCUCUGAGCUUCACAUCUUGUUAGUGCCUUGUUGAUCUCUUCAUUGACAACUGACAAAUGCUCAGAGACCACAUUUUAAAUCUAUUUUUCUCCUAAAAUUAGUGUGCUGGAUAUUUCCUGCUCUCUUUCUACCACGACCACCACUACUAUUCCCCUGCCCAUGUGAUAAAAUCCUGCGUAGAUGGCAAGUGUCAUACUCCUUCCUUUCAUCUGAAUAUACUGUCAUAUCUACAAGGAUACAAUUGUUUAGUGAAUGACUGGACAGAAGAAAACAUUGCAAUUUCCUGCUCAUACAGGUGCAGUAGGUAUUGCACAUACAAAACUUAUGGUGGGCAGCUUUACCAAAGAGCAAAACUACCAGAAAGUAAAUUUUAAUGGAUUAUAUAUAAAUAAAUAAAUAAUAAAAAUUCUUCAUUAAAGUUGCUCCUUGAAUUUACUUUACCAUGCUGCUUUUUAUGUAAUCAUUUUGGUUAAAGCUUUGGCUUGGCUGGUUUUUCUAGCAGGAAUAACCACCAUAGACAUGGGAUACUAUUUGGGUUAUCACUUCUACCUCUACUAUAUCACACAAUAUGAAUUUAAGAUUUGCCUUGAAUUCAUGUUGGUUUCAGUUGGAUUUAUUUUGAAGAAAACAAAUGACAUUUCAGUUGAAAGACUAACAAGAAAUCUAUUUUCCUGUCUACUAUAUUUAUUAAUUUAAUAAAAUUUUGCAAAUUUUCUGUUA